CUCAGGCCAACACCGCUCACCUUCCGAAAGAUUGACCGCUGCUCAAGGUUCAGUUUCGGGUUUCGGUAUCGUUACUUACUCAACAGUAUCUCAUCUACUUCUGCCCAAAUAUAUUCCUGAGUUUACUCUCAACCUCCAAGAUCUCAGAAAGAUGCCGCGACUCACGGACGAUACAGAUGAGGAUCACGCCCUCCUCGACGAGGGCCGCCGUCGCGCCAGCCGCAUCCUCCACGGUUUCGUCGACUUUGCCUUUCAAGGAAAUGUGCUCGAGAUUGCCUUUGGUUUGAUUCUGGCGUCCAUGUUUACUGCUCUCGUGACCUCGUUUGUCAGUGACAUCCUGCUGCCGCCGCUGUCGGUGCUGCUACCGAUCCACAAGAACCUCGAGGAGAAGUUUGCCGUUCUGAAACCGGGUCCGCAUCAGUCUGCUGAUGGCGGGUAUAACACGCUGCAGCAGGCGCAGGAUGAUGGGGCCGUGGUCAUGGCUUACGGUUUCUUCUUGAGUCGGCUGCUCAACUUCAUGGGCGUCGGCUUCUCCUUGUACGUGCUGGCCGCAGUUUAUCAGUACUUCUCGCGCGACCCAAUCAUCAAGCGCACAGUCAAGUGCAAGUACUGCCGCAAGAUUAUCAGCGAGAAGGCUCUACGUUGUGUCAACUGCUCGAGCUGGCAGGAUGGCAGGGAGGACCAACCUCAAGCAACUAGUCUGCACCCGCAUUACGUGCCAAAUAUUGCCGAAACUACUCCGUGAUCAUAUGCUAUGCCGUCUUGGCCAAGUCGAGCUCCGGUGGGGUUCAAAGGAUGACAACCAACUAGUCUCCUUGUCGCCAAACUCAGCCCCCCCAAACCAAGAGGUUUGGAGAAGGUGUUCAGGCAUUCAAUAUGGUGGCUUUGCCAGCCGCGGCCUUUUUUUUUCACCAGGAUCAAACACCCGGUUUACCCCUCAAUGGAUCGGACUACAGCUCAACUGGCGCAGCACAACAGAACCAAUGGACUCCCCGUCGACAAACCCCAAGGACCAGUCCCAACAGCCCUACGUCCGAGUUUCCCAGGUCGAUGUCGAUCCGGAUCCGGAUCCGGAUCCCGGUCACGAGAGGAGAGAUGCCCAGUCCAGCUCCGAUGCCGAAAAGGAUCCCCAAGAGGAAGCGG